AUGGGCAGUGAUCAUUUCCCGAUCUCCACUACCGUUGGAAUUUCCUUCUCUUUCUUCAAGUUCUUCUCUAAUAAAUACAACCUGAAAAAAGUUCGUUGGACCACCUUCUAUAAAACCUUAAAAGAUGUUAAAUUCGAUGAUGCAGAUACUCAUGUUACUCCAGCUCCUUUCAUAGCCCUUCAAGCAUACUAUAACCUCUUUGACUUAAUUAAUGCAGCCCUCCACACAGCAGGUCCAAAAAUAGAAAAUAAAUCCUCCCGAGAUCAUACAAAUUCCCCACCUUGGUGGAAUGAGGAAUGCAGCAAACUUGAAAGACAAAGAAAGGCCAAACUUGGCAGAUACCGCCACAGGUGCACCUAUGAGAACUUUCUGGACCUUCAAAAAUUUGAAGCCACUACAAAACGAACCUUGCAAAAAACCAAAAUUCUAGGGUUUAGAUCUUUUUGUCAAUCCUUAUCUUCAACCUCUAAGCUUUCUAACGUUUGGAACAAAAUUCGAGGCUUCAGACAUAGAUUAUUAUCUCCUCUCUCACCUACCACUUCCACUGCGAAUACAGAAACCGUAACAAAAAUGGAGGAUUUCAUAGAAAGAUUCCACCAAAUCAGUGCACCCCCAAAUGACCUACAUCCUAUUCUUCCCCUUCCCACCACUUCACACCAUCUUUCUGUACCAUUUAGACUCCAAGAAAUAAAAUAUGCUGUGAAAAAAUCUAAAACCAAAUCCUCUUCCGUCCUUGAUAAAAUUGACUAUGAAGUUAUACAAAAUCUUUCUGAUAAUAUUCUCAGUCAACUUUUAAGAGUCUACAAUUUAAUCCUGAAUGAAGGUUCCUUUCCUGACUAA